CGGUGGGCGGAUCGACGUACUAACACGGAAGCGAAUUGUAGUCUCUCCUGUCUGGCAGCUUGUUAACGCCGCUCUGCCCUGAAGAGAAAACUGAGAUUUCUCCUCUUUCUCUCCAGUUUUUCGGACCCCUGACCGGUUGACUGUGUGAUCCCGGACAGCACAAUGCUCUCCCCGAGGUUUCUGUUGCUGCGGUCGGCUGUGUCUUUGAGCUGCAGGUCGUUCUGCAGCGGAGGAGCGUCGAAGCCGGGCAGAGCGCCGGACAUGAUCGAGGGAAAUCCACUUUUACACGUGUCCAAUGUUAGGAACAGACUGAGAGAAAUCGUGGGAGCUUCCACCAACUGGAGCGACCACCAGCAGGCCAUGGCCGACCGAGUGUCUCUGUCCUCCAUGUUGGCCAAGUCUCAGCAGGAGCUCCCGGCCAGGAGGAUGAAGGACAGCUGCCUGGAGGUUCACCUGCCGCUGGGCUCCGAGCCUCAGCUCAGAGAGAAGUACCUGACCUUCCACAACACCGUCAGGUUCGGUCGGAUCCUGGAGGACUUGGACAGUUUAGCAGUCCUCAUCUCUUACUCCCACACCUACAACUCUGAACUGAAGAGGUCUCCUCUGUCCAUCGUCACCGCCCUGGUGGAUAAAAUCGACAUGAGGCAUCACAUCAUCUACCCCGACUGUGACAUCAAGUUCAGCGGUCGAGUGACAUGGGUGGGAAGGACGUCUAUAGAGGCCAAGAUGCACAUGUCCCAGUACCGUGACGGAGCUUACGCCCCGGUUCUGGAUGCUACCUUUGUCAUGGUGGCCCGAGACCCAGAAAACAAGAGGGCGGCGUUUGUCAACCCGCUGAAGGCCGACGGACCCGAGGAGGAGAAGCUCCUACAGGAAGGAGAAGCGAAUAAAUCCCGGCGUGUGGAGCUGAGCACGGCGUCGCUGCUGAAAGUCGCUCCCACCGACGAGGAGAGGAAAAUCGUCCACAGCCUGUUCCUCAACACCCUCGACACAAACACGGUCAGUUUCCGCAGCAGAGUUUUGCCUCCGAACUCGGUGUGGAUGGAAGACGCCAAACUGAAAGGACUGGAGAUCUGCCACCCCCAGGAGAGGAACAUCUUUAACAGGAUCUUUGGAGGUUUCCUGAUGAGGAAAGCCUACGAGCUGGGCUGGGCCAACGCCUGCUCCUACGGGGGAUGCCGGCCGAACCUGGUGGCCGUGGAUGACAUUCUGUUCCAGAAGCCGGUGGAGAUCGGCUCUCUGCUGCUGCUGUCCUCACAGGUGUGCUACACUCAGGGGAAGUACAUCCAGGUGCGAGUCCACAGCGAGGUGUUCGACCCUCUGACCCGGCAGCACAACACCACCAACGUCUUCCAUUACACCUUCAUCUCUGACCGAGACGUCCCCAGCAUCGUCCCCAAGACCUACGGAGAGUCGAUGUUGUACCUGGACGGGAAAAGACACUUUAACCAAACCGUGGAGCCCUGAAGGAGCAAAGAUCUGCCAAAGCCUUUCACCGUCUGAGCAGAUACCACCUUUUCUAUCAUGUUUUUGUUACAUUUACAUGCUCACAUUUGAUUUCUGUCUUUAUUUGCUCUGGAGGUUUACAUUCUGGUGUUUUUUAUCCACUACAGAACAACAGAAACAGCUUUCUGUGUCACAUUCAAACAGUUUACAAACAGAAUGAAGCUGUAUUUGUCGUAGACCUCGUGUGUUCCUGCCGUUUGUUACAUUUUUAUAUUCCACUGUGGCUAAGACGCACAAACCUUUCCUUUAUGUUGAAGCUUUGCUCUGCGUCCUUUUUCUUGCCUUAAAAUGUUUAUUUACUCAAAUGCAAUAAAUAAAUCCGUAUUUAUCUUUA